UGAAGAAGCUCCUGAUUAUGGCUCUGGAAUUCGACAGUCAGGGACGGCUAAAAUAUCUUUUGAUAAUGAAUACUUUAAUGAGAGUGACUUUUCUUCAGUUGCAAUGACGCGUUCAGGUCUGUCCUUGGAGGAGCUAAGGAUUGUAGAAGGACAGGGUCAGAGUUCAGAAGUCAUCACUCCUCCAGAAGAAAUCAGUCGAAUGAAUGACUUGGAUUUGAAGUCAGGCAGUUUACUGGAUGGAAAGAUGGUAAUGGAAGGGUUUUCUGAAGAGAUUGGCAACCACCUGAAACUGGGUAGUGCCUUCACUUUCCGAGUCACAGUGUUACAGGCCAGUGGGAUCCUCCCAGAGUAUGCAGACAUCUUCUGUCAAUUCAAUUUUUUGCAUCGCCAUGAUGAAGCAUUCUCCACUGAACCCCUCAAGAACAAUGGCAGAGGAAGUCCCCUGGGCUUUUAUCAUGUGCAGAAUAUUGCAGUGGAAGUCACUGAGUCAUUUGUGGAUUAUAUCAAAACCAAGCCUAUUGUAUUUGAAGUCUUUGGCCAUUACCAGCAGCAUCCACUUCAUCUGCAAGGACAGGAGCUAAGCAG